AUGGGACUCUUCGCUAUCAUGCUCGCCCUUACGGUGGCGUUUAGCUACCCAUUGUAUAGGCUGCUACGUGUUGGCCGUCGACAUCCUCGCAUGCCUCCUGGACCACCGACCAUCCCCAUCCUUGGUAACGCCCACCAGAUUCCGAUCACAGGGCUGGGCAGAAAGUUCAAGGAAUGGGCUGACGUUUACGGGCCUAUCUUCUCUCUGACCAUCGGACCUACUAAUGUGGUUGUCUUGUGUGAUCGACGAUCUAUCAACAACCUUUUGGACAAGAAAGGCAGCAUCUAUUCGGACAGGCCAUUUAACUACGUUUCCAACUUCGUGACCCAUGGCGACCAUCUGACCCUGGAACCUCAAGGAGCUUCAUGGAGGGAAAAGCGGAUGGUUGUGACACGAAAUCUAAAUCCUAAGACGUUGGAUGAGAAACAUUUCAAGAUACAAGAAGCAGAGGCUGUGAUUUUCAUGAAUAAUAUUCUCAAUGACCCUUCCAAGAUAUUCGACUAUGCACGACUGUACACUGUGUCAGUGGCGGGAUCUCUGAUCUGGGGCCACAGAGCCAUCGACCUAGACUCUUUCUGGUUCAAGAGGUUUUAUGAGUUAAUGGAUCUGUGGCUGAAAGUUCAGGAACCGGGCGCCAACCCUCCGAUCGACGAGUUUCCCAUUCUGAAAUAUCUUCCUGGAAGCUGGAAGGUCAGGUCCAAGAAGUGUCGUGCCAUGAUGGACACCAUGUGGGAUGAGGCUCGAGCUAUCGUUGAGGAACGAAGAGCGCGAGGCGACAAAAGAGAUUGCUUCAUUGAUGCCAAAAUCGACGAUUAUAAUGCAAAAGGCUGGCCUUUGUCGACCCACGCGUUCAACAACCUCUUCGGAGAGCUACUGGAGGCGGGUGCGGAUACGACUGCUAAUCAUAUCCUAACACUGAUCCUAGCAAUGGCUAAGUACCCCAGUAUCCAACAAAGGGCAAGAGUCGAAAUUGACGCUGUUUGUGGCACCGAGCGGGCUCCGUUGUUCUCGGAUUUUGAACAGCUUCCCUUCGUAAAUUGUAUCGUCAAGGAAGGCAUGAGAUGGCGACCAACGGCUCCUGCCGGCCUGCCUCAUAUGGUCACUCAAGACGAUGAGUACGACGGAAUGGUGAUCCCCAAGGGUUCCAUGGUGUUUGUUGGAAUAUGGGCUAUGCACCACAGCGAAUCGGACUAUCCAGAGCAUGAUCGAUUUGACCCUGACCGCUUCUUGGGCCAUCCGAAGUUGGCCAACGAGUAUGCAGUCAGCCCGGAUUAUAACAACAGAGAUAAGUACCCCGCACAUCACUACGGCUACGGCGCUGGUCGAAGAAUGUGCCCAGGUCUUCAUUUGGCAGAACGCAACAUGUGGCGAAUUGCAGCCAAGUUGAUAUGGGCAUUCGACAUUUCUGAACCAAAAGACCCUGCAAGCGGCAACCUUGUUCACCUCGAUGAGAAUGCGUACACUUCAGCCAUCCUGAUGUGCCCAUUGCCGUUCAAAAUCGAUGUUGUCCCGAGGAGUCCAGAACAUCUUGGUUGUAUCCAGCGAGAAUUAUCAAGUGCAAUGAACUUCAUGUCACAGUGGAACUAG